AUAGCCAUGGCAUCGUCUUUGCCUGCAAACUUGAUAACCUGUGAUCCAUCUUCGUUGUGUUUGCAAGAGCUCGUUAAGAAUCCUCUUCCCUCUCUUCCUAAACGCUACAUUCGUGAAGAUCAUUAUCAGCUCUCUGAAACCCUCACUGAUGCAACACCAAUACCCAUUCUUGACAUGAACCACUUGCUCUCUGGAGAACACACAGAGAUUGAGCUCCAGAAAUUGCACUCAGCUUGUAGAGACUGGGGUAUAUUUCAGGUUGUGAACCAUGGAGUCAGUGAGGAGGAGCUAGAGAAGAUCAGAAACGAGAUUGAAGGAUUUUUCAGGCUGCCACUGCAAGAGAAGAUAAAGUACAAGAUAAGGCCAGGUGAUGUUGAAGGCUAUGGAACUGUAAUUAGAUCACAAGAUCAGAAACAAGAUUGGUGUGAUAGGUUCUACAUGACCAUCAACCCCCUCCACAAACGAAAACCAUAUCUUUUCCCACAGCUCCCUUUAUCCCUCAGGCUCUCUCUCUCUCUCUCUCUCUAUAUAUAUAUAUAUAUAUAUAUCUCUAUAUAUAUAUAUGCAAGUAUGAUAGAUUGAUUUGAGAUGAAGGAAAAUGAAAAUAAUCAAGAAUAAUAGAAAAAGAAAUUAGAAAACAAAACAAGCAACAAAGUAGCCAAAUUAAUGGAGUGAGUGGGUAAAGAUAGAAAGAGGGUAAAAAUAGAAAAGACAAACUGAGAGGAAGGCAAAUUAAUACCAAUUCUUAUUCAUUCAAAAGGCAUACAAAGCAAAUACGUUAAAGCGUUAUUUAUAGACCUUAACCCAACCUAAAAAUAAAAGUAUUAAAAGCAUAAUAUUAUAUAAAUCCUAAUAUUUAAAUGCAAAUAUUCUAAAAUAAUUUAAAAGAUAACAUAGUAAAAUAAAAGAGAUUCAAAUCAAACCCAAAGAUUAUUCUAAUAAAAUAAAAAUAUUAAAUCUAAUUAAUUCUAUAUCCCACCCCACAGCAGCAUACCAAACUAGCCUGUGGCUUUGAUUACUGUAAAUAUAUGUGCAGGACUGUCUUGGAUUUAUACAUACAAAAGGUGCAGAAUCCAGGAAUGACACUUCUGGGUCUGCUGGAAAAGGCUCUGAAAAUGGAGGAGAGAGACAUGAGGGAGGUGUUUGAGGAUGGGAUGCAGUCAUUGAGGAUGACAUACUAUCCUCCAUGCCCAAAACCAGAGCAGGUGAUGGGGUUUGGUGCUCAUUCAGAUGCUACAGGAAUCACUAUCCUGAACCAGGUCAAUGGAGUGAGUGGCCUCCAGGUUAAGAAAAAUGACAUCUGGCUUCCCGUGAACGUCCUGUCUAACGCCCUCGUUGUCAAUGUCGGAGACAUUCUAGAGAUUAUGAGCAAUGGCGUCUACAAAAGUGUGAGGCACAGGGCAACAGUGAAUUCAGACAAUGAAAGGAUCUCCAUGGCUUUGUUUUUCCUCGCCAAACUUGAGUCUGAAAUUGGACCUGCAAUGAGUCUGAUCUGUCCAGAAAAUCCUCCUUUGUUCAAAAGGGUUGGAAUGGAGAAAUAUGUAAAUGAUUUCUUCUCUAGUAAACAGCAAGGGAAGUCAUUCUUAGAGCACAUGAAGAUCAAACAAGAAUAUCUCACCAGUACUAUAUAAUCAUCCGUUGUUAAUUAGCAUAAGUGUGACUCUGGGUAUAUCUAUCAUCUUGUGUAUGUUAAGGUGGUUAGGACUGAAUAAAAGUGACAUGUGAUAAAGCGUAUGUAUUA